GAGGGCAGGGCGGACUGACGUUUCGCAGCCUUUGCUUGGCCCUAUUCCCCGCAAAGAGCAACGAGGGGAGGCAGGGGGAGGGAGGUGGCCUUUCAAAAGCAGAUGCCUAUCAGCGAGAUGUCGUCCUCCACGCAGACGGCGACGACGACGACGACGACGAUCAACAUCUUGACCCAGUAUCCACUCCAUCCGCUAUUGUAUCCUCAGCACCACCAGCAUCCAUCCCUCGUAGACGCAUCGUAUCGCCGUCAUCAUCAUGUCCGAGUCCAAGACGCCAAGCUACUCAGCCGCAGAGGCUGUCAAGACGCAGCCUGAGCAGGCCAAGAAGCCGACGGACAUGGAUCGACGUGAGCCAUUCACUCUGGAUACCUGCCUCGACUUCCUCGAUGCAACGCUCUUUACCACGCCUGCCCUCCUUCUCAUCCCCGCCAUCCUCUACUUCUGGGACAGACAUCAGGUCGUCAGUGCCGGGAGCGCUGGAGCGGCUGGUAGUGGUGGGCCAGGAAUCGUAGGAUUCCUCUCUUCGCUCACCAAGGCAGCAUCUGCCAAGGCCGCAGCUGUGUCUUACCCUGAGGCGUCCUAUGCGCACAUCAAGGACCUUCUCUUCACAAAGUACAAGUGGAUCGGCCGCCUUCUCGUGUUCGGCCUGAUCAAGAAUGUCAAUCACCACCUCAACCGCCUUUGUGCGAACAAUGCCGUGUAUCGCGCCGACAAGCCCGACUGGAGCAACGAAGUCGUCGUCGUUACUGGCGGCGCCGCAGGUAUCGGCAAGGCGAUCGUCGAGGCGAUGAGCCACAAGCGCAAGGCAAAGGUCGCCGUCCUGGACCUUGCUCCCCCCACAUACGCCCCCGCCCCUCGAGGCGCCCCUGCCAUCCAGUACUACAAGACAGAUGUGACUGACCCUGCGCAGGUCAAGGCCGUGGCUGAGCAGAUUCGCUCUACCUUGGGCCAGCCGACGAUCCUUGUCAACAACGCCGGCAUCGCUUCUGGCAACACGAUUCUCGAAUCUGACCCGGAGCACAUCCAGCGAGUGUGGCGUGUAAAUCACCUCUCCAACUACGUUACCUUGCAAGAGUUCCUCCCGCACAUGAUCAAGCACAACCACGGGCACGUGGUCACGGUUGCUUCUUCUGCUAGUUUCUUCUCUCUGCCCAGCAUGGGAGAGUACAGCGGCUCCAAGUCUGCGACCUUGGCGUUGCACGAGGUCCUCAAGGGUGAGCUGCGUCAACGCUACAACGCUCCGCGAGUGAGGGCUUCCCUCGUUGCGCCUACGAAGGUGCGCACCGCUCUUGGAGACGGGAUGGAAGACCACUCGAUGCCCUUUCUGCACCCGGUCCUCGAGUCCUACCAGCUUGGCCGUAAGGUCUUGUGGGCAGUCGACUCGGGUCUGUCGCAGUACAUGGUCCUGCCACGACUUAUGCAACCCUUGCCCGCUCUGAGGGGCUUCCCGGACUGGCUGAGGAGGAGCUUUGAGCUCAUUGGACACACGGAUGACAUGGUCAGCCACAAGUCCAUCUCCAGGGCAUUGGGCAACGGAUAUGGAGCCAACUGGCAGGGAGCAGAGGCUGCAAAUCGCGAGAAGGUGAUGGCGAGGAUGAACAAGAAGUGAUAUGGCUUGAUGCAGCGCGGCGCUCGCUUUCCUUGCCCUUUGUUGGUCUCAUUCAGGAUUUCACGCUAAACACGCUAGACGUUUGUCAAUCAUUCCGCAUCGACUUUUGUUCCUCUAUCACUUUUUCGCUGCCUGCAUUUCGUCUCAUGAUAAUACGAAGCUUUUCAUUCUUCU